AUGCAGUGGCCCUAUCGCAAUUCGCAGCAAACCGGCUGGAGAACGUUAGCUGCGCCCGCUCGUGGUGGGAAGUUGAUCCCGUCAGACAAGGUUACAUCGAAAAUCUGCAUGGACAAUUCGGCCGCCAUCCUUCCAGCUGGAGUUGUGAAGCAGCUUGAGCUAUCCUGGUCGCAGUCAAGCGUGCGAGCGGCCAUCGGGUCGAGCUCUACGCUAGACCGCAACUCCCGUGCGGGUCUGCCGUCUGCGGGUCUCCACAUUGACAGCUCGGCGCAAGCUUCCAGAGCGAGCAUCAUCAGUCGUGACGCUACUCCCCAUAGCUGCUAUCAAGCUCGGGCUCUAUCUGACCGAGCCGACCGAACACCUGUGGCUGCCCGCAACGCAGGCCCGAUAGGCGGCCUCUGGCAGGUUGCGCAUCUGUUUGAUCUGCUCAUCAGGAGCUCGAGCUUAGAUUAA